GUUUAAAAUUUAUUGACAAGCAACAAUUACCUUGAUUACUUCAGAAAAAAUCUUCGUGCAACAAAUAAAAUUGAAAAAUGUGAUAGAAACUAGCAAAAUUAACCCUAACAAACCUGUGCUGGUGUUUGCUUAUCUAUUAUUUUCGAAUUAACAAGUAAAAUGGUCGACACCGUAAUUUAUGCACAAAUUUUCUAGUGUUCACUUUAUAAUGGAUGCAUCGGCAUCAACAAAACCAGAUGCCGAUAUUAACAAUAUAUAUGGUUUCUUUUUAAAAAUAGACGAUAGUAAUUACACUGCACCAAUUAAACAAAAGAGCACAGUUACUAAAUACACGAAGCUUCCAGAUUUUGAUUUUGACUCCAAAGUGUCAUGGCCGGCACACAGCUACACACUUCAGCCGAGAUUAAGACGCAUAAUCACACUUGAAGAUGAUGAUGGUCUAUUGACUACUGGAAAUAUUUCUUUGAAGUCACAUUUGACUGGUCCACCCAAGACGAUGGCUGCUCCUGCUGCUCCUGCUGCUCCAGCUGUUCCAGCUGCUCCCAGCUAUCCGAACAGAAAAAUUGUUACCAUCACUGAAGAUGAUGAGAAUGAUCUAUAUCCAAAAUUUUCUAAGGACAAAAAGUCAUAUAUUGUGAAACAAGCACACAGAGCUGUGGUAGCUGACAUUAAAGAGAAACCACAGUCCCCCCGUAGAACCACAUCAAGGUUAACUAAUUCAACUAAAUAUUCUAAAGAAGUAAAAACAAGUGCCAAAACAAACAGUGCAUAUAAUAAGAAGGAAGUGGUUGCAACAGCACAAAGUCACAGAACCAGAAAUAGUACCAGUCCAAGUCCUGAUAAUAAAGUAAAAAACGUGAAAGAGAAGGAGAAAGAGAAAGAAACACCAAGAAGAAAUUUGAAUGCAACAUCAAAAAAUAGUGUAAGCAAAAAUUUUGUAGCACCAAGUGAAAGUGAAAAAGAAAUAACAAAAAUAAAACAUAUGCUAUAUGAUAAUUUAAAAAGCAAAUCGGCAACUUAUAAGCGACCCGUAGAAAAACCUAAAACAAACAAAUUACCAUAUUUACAAAACAAGCCCAAAGUAUCAUUUACAAAAGAUGUCAUAAACAAGGAGAGACCUCUAACAGUAAUACAUGUGCCACUUGAUGAAAAGUACAAGAAGAAAGACAAAAAGUCCGCUACUGUACCCUACGUGGCCCCGGUCGUAAGCACUGUCGACUGCUGCAUCGAAACUGACGACAUCGUCAGGUAUAAAGAUGCGGAUGUAUGCACUGACCCGAUGCCAACAGCAAUACACCGCGACACAGAAAUGGAAGAUUUUGAAAUCAAUACAAUAACUAGAUGCGAAAGUACUAUGCAAACAGAACCUAACAAAUUAACAUUUGAUAGUCUCGAAAUACCAAAUGUAUCGUUAACAAAGGAUAAAUGCGAACCCAAAGAAGAUCCUAGACCCUUAAACUCAAAAUCUUUGCCAAAUCUUGAAGUGCCGCCUUUAAAAAUAGUCCCUCACAAUGAAGUGAGUUGUAGUAAUACAGGUUUUUGUCAAAGUACUCCCUCUUAUAUUAUUAGCCAUGCUACCUUAACAUACACUACUAAACAAAAGUUCAACUUCCAAAUAGUUGGUAGCGACGACGAAGUCAAACCAACUCUUCCGCCUAGUCCAUUAGAUUACCCUAUGAGUGUUGUGUCUGUGUUUAAGAAUGAAUUGAAAAAUAAGAACGUGAAUGAAAGCGAAUCAUCCGAUGAUUCGUACAACAAAAAGGAUACUACAAAAGAGGAAGAAUAUUUAAACCAUUUGAAUGAACUGAAGACUCUUAAUUGCUCGUACGUCUUUAACAAAUUAAUGAAACCGUCGGAUAUAAUUAGCACAAUAAGAGUUAAUAACGGUCUAUUACACAACGACUACAUAUGUGAGCAGUUCCAGAGGGAACUCAACUUUAUAGAUUCAUUCUUUGAAUCGCUACAGUAUUUGGAGAGUUGCUCACUCUCUGACAAAUGUUACUCUGAAAACAAAGUAGAAAACUUUGUCAAUAAUUCUGUGUUAUUUGACUCCACAUUCGAUGUAAAGAAUUCAGAGUACGACAAUUUCUUAUCGAAACUUGAAAAUGGCGCGAAUAUUGACGACACCGAAACAAUGGCAUCAAAGAGUCUUUGUCUGCUUAAUUUACUCAUUCGCGAUGAGCAAAGACGAGCAAAAAAUCUCUUAUUCGUAUUGAAAAUGCGAGAAGAUGCACUAAAAGACUUUACGAAAUCUCAAAUACUUUGGUUAGAGAAGAAGAAAAAGCACGACAACACGGAUAUCUCGACGUUGAAGAAGAAACAGCGCGGUGCAUUGCUCAAACUGCAACACGAAUGUGGGGAGAUGCAACGUAUGCGCAAAGCUUUACUCACACUCUCCGAGAAACGCAAGGUCGCCCUUAUGAAAACCAAGAAGAAUAUAGAAUUGAAACUUAAAAAUAACGUUGAUGUAGAACAGAUUAUUCUUGGUAAGAAGAAAUUAAAGAGAAGCUCCAGCUUCGACAGAAACGCUGCCCCCUUGAAAUGUUUUGAUUUAUCGAGCAGUGGUUGUGAGGAGAGUACCACUUCCAAAGUGAACUCGGAUGCAUCUCUGCUCCCAGUGGAGGUUCAUGGCUCGGCGGUGAGUGUGCUUAGUGUCGAGAAGUACGUACAGACCAGCGACACGCCAGGCACUGUACUCAUGGACCACGCCACUGACACUGCCGCAGAGAACUUCGUAGUGGUUGAUGGUGGAUACCUAAACAUACUGUUCCAUAACCUGACUCUUCCGCAGAUUUUCAGCAGUGGGAAACAGUAUGAAGUGAACGAGGAAGCUUUGAAAAAUAUAGUUCACUCAGCGAACAAUCACAACACUAACAUAAGUGGUAGUGACGUCGUUGAGAAACUUAUGGAUCAGAUAAAGAAUAAAGACUCUGACAGGUCCAGCUCGCCUUCGACUGCACGAAGUCUCAUCGAAGAAUUUGAUCAGUACUACAAAGAUCUGCAGGAGGAUCAGAAGUCGCCGCCCAGUUCGCCAGCUCACGACAGCGAUCAAUCUAGUAAGGUUUAUGAAAUCAAAGACACGAGUGUGCAGUCAGUGGACGUUAAACCGGAGAUUUUAGAGGAGCGAUGUAGUCAAACUAUUUCGACGCAAGAUGUAAUAAGCUCAUCUCCAAGUUUAGAACAUUCGUGCGUUUGCGAAGUGGUGUCUGUGGAGAGUCAGUGUGCAUUAGAUAAAGAGCCAGUGCUUACUAGUCAAACGCCGACGGGCCCGCUGCCCGUGCCGGUCGGCGCCGCUGCUGUCGUGGACAGUCAGCCUCCAGAUGUUCCUACCUGGUUACCACCGAAGUCAACUGCAUCCUCUGCCUCAGUUUCAGAGACAGACAGCGUCAGUAGUCAGCCGCUGUGCGGGACCGUGUCUGCGUUAACGACGCUCACGGCGCCGGUCCAUGUUGAGGCAGAGGAACUGCGGAGACAACAACUAGAAAUAGAAAGAGAGAUAAAGGCUUUAGAACAACAGCAAUGUCGAUUGCUGGUCGUAAGGGAGAUUCCGGACAAGCCGCCACCUCCUUACACUCCACCUACAGAAACUCGUGCCCCAAAACCACCGCGCAUGUUCACUCCGGAUGAAAACUUAGAAGAAAAAGUAGAAAAGCACAUUACGGACCCAGACGGCAGUGUGUCUGACCUAUCAGAGGCCUUCAACGUAUUUGUGCAAGAUUUUUGUCAGGAAUCUCUGGUGAGGCAUAAACACGAGCAGAGUGAUAAGCCUUGGGACGCAUGUAAUCUACUGCCGCAGAAGCCGCCAGUGGAAGUUCAGGAAUUGGUAGAGAAAACCACUUCAGAACUGAAGGACGUGCUCACCAGCGUCCCGCCCACUACCGUGUCUGGAGUUUCGAGUCGGCGGUCAGACCACAUCGACGACAUACUCUUCGCCGAGUGGCGGCGCUGCGAGCCUGAAUGGACUGCGCUACAUGCCGACGAGGCUAUAGUUAAGAACCAGAUCUUCGAAAGCAUCUUCCAGAAAAUUCUUACCGAUACAAUCGAUGAGUAUAAGAAAACAGUACAGUGCGAGGUAGUCGCAACUGACUAAGAUUCUAAAGAAUCGUGCUAAGCUCGCUCGCUCGUUCGCUAACCAACCAUGUGUCGAACCGCGCUGCAGACACAGUUUCCACUCCAAUAACAUAUUUUUAUGUAAAUAUAUUUAAUCCUAGCGCAAUUACUCGUGUUGUGUAGAAAUAAUGGAUACCUAGUUUUCUAUUUGGGUAUAUUGUACGUAUAGUAGUAUUCUAUUUAUUGAAAUGGUAUAAAACUUUACUAGACAAGAUUUUAAAAGGGAAAAAAAUAAUGUCUUAUUUCUGUAAUUCAUUCUUUAUUGCAGACAAAUGUAUCGUGACUUUUUAAUGUCUUUGUCAAAAUAAUUAUACAAUUUUACAAGUUCUUUUUUAGAUUUCAAACUAGGGCAUACAAUAGUAACUACUACAAUAGUAAAGCUCUUAUAUUCCAAGUAAUAUAGAUUAAGAUAACAAAGGAAUAAAUACGUGAAAUCUUUCCAACAUCAUUAAAAUAUUAUUAUUAUGUAUUUAAUAAAGCAUAAUUAUUUGGUAUAGCUUGAAAAAUUGUACCUUUGUUGUUGUUAUAUUAUGUGUAUAGAAUAUUAUAUAACUCUUCCAAACAUGA